AGUUUAUUCUAUCGCAGCCGUUUGUGUAUGAUGUGAUAACGCAUAAAUCAAUGAUCGUCGAUUACUUUGGUGAUUUACAUAGUUCGUAAUCGGAACUCGUUCGUGAGUUUGACAGGCAUUACAGUUUAUUACGCAUUGCUUAGGUAAUUAAUUCUAUUAAGUAUUAGUAAUUUUUGAUUUGUACGGGGAACCGCACGAUUCGUUCGCGUAGAAUUUGAAUACUGAAAAUGAAGAUGGCCGAACCAGUAAAGAAAUUGUUGAAACGCAACAAGCCAGGGACAAAAGCCAAUUCUUUUCGUAAAUGGCCAGAUGAGCCAUUCGAAGAAAUGGAAAGUACAUUAGCUGUUCAAGAGUUCAUCCAACAACAAAUACGCAAAGAUCCGAGUGCAAUUGAUAUAAUAUUGACACCGCCUGAUUCUCAAGAAGAAGGAGUUUGGAAAUAUGAACAUCUUAGGCAGUUUUGUAUGGAACUAAAUGGGCUAGCGGUUGAGUUGCAAAAUGAAUGUUUACCAGAUACAUGUAGUCAAAUGACAUCAACAGAACAGUGGAUAUUUUUGUGUGCAGCUCAUAAAACUCCUAAAGAGUGUCCAGCUAUCGAUUAUACUCGCCAUACUUUAGAUGGAGCUGCUUGUUUAUUGAACAGCAAUAAAUAUUUUCCUAGCCGAGUAAAUAUAAAGGAAUCAUCAGUGGCAAAGUUGGGAUCCGUCUGUCGGCGUGUAUACAGGAUAUUUUCUCACGCAUACUACCAUCAUCGGAACAUCUAUAAUAAAUUUGAAAAUGAAACAUAUCUAUGUCAGAGAUUUACAAAAUUUGUUAUUAAAUAUAGUUUAAUGGCAAAAGAAAAUCUUAUUGUGCCUAUGCCUGAAGCAAUUAUGCAAGAUGUACGAACCGAAGAAGAUGAUACUACAUCAAUUAAAGAGCCAUAAUUUUGCUUUC